AUGUCUGACAAUCAGCCUGUCAAGUACUUGGAUGAAGAAGAAUCCAGUUCAUCACCUUGCCAAAGAUGUAAAGUCGAAAAUGCCAUUUUAAUUACUAGAAAGGAGAAAUUUUGCCAGAAUUGUUUUAUAAGAUUCAUCAGAGGUAAACAAAGAAAGCAAAUGCAAGAUGAUAAAUAUAAAGUCAAAUAUGGUCCUUUUAUUGAGAGACAUGGUCAACAAAAGGUUUUAUUAGCCUUAUCGGGUGGAGAAUCAAGUGUAGUGCUUUUAGAUGUUAUGGCAUCGUUAUUGCAAGAACAAUUCGAAGCUCAUAAUGGAAAACAAGGAUUUGAAUUGAUUAUCUUGAAUUUGGAUGAAUUUGAUUUAAAUCAUUUAAAUAAGAAGGUUGGAGAAAUACUACCCUUAUUAAUUAAAAGAUAUUCGCCAGCUAAUAUCCAAUAUAAAGUAUUAGCAUUAAAUUCAUAUAUCUUAGAUGAUUCAAUACUAGACAAAAUCGUUUUGAAUGAUGAUUUCACUGGUCUUUCAUCAACUAUAAUAGGGAGUGAUAAAUCAUAUACAUUAUUUGAUAUAUUAGAAUUAUGUCCUAAUAAAUCAUCAGUUGAAGAUUUAUUAACUAUAAUUUAUAAUGAAUUAAUUCUUCGAACUGCAUACCUUGAAAAAUGUCAAACUAUAAUAUAUGGUCAUAGUAUGACUAGAAUUGCUAAUGAGAUCAUUGCAUUAACUGUCAAAGGAAGAGGAUCGAUCAUUUAUGAAGCUAUUUCUGAUCAUUCGAAAACUUACAAAGAUCAACAAUUUCAAAUUUUAUUCCCAUUACGUGAUGUAUUAUACGCUGAAAUCAUAUCUUAUUGUAAAUUAACCAACAUGGAUGAAUUUAUUUUACAAUCCACUAUUCCAAAAUCGAAGAUCAAUAAAAAUUUAACCAUCAGAGAUUUGACUACCAGAUAUUUCAGUCAAUUAGAUGCUACAGGAUAUGCCUCCACCGCAUCAACCGUAGUUAAAACAGGGGAGAAAUUGGGUGCUCCAAAAUCAGACUCAACUUCAUUAGUUACUCAUUGUCAAGUAUGUGGGGUUGAAAUCUAUCAAGAUCCAGGUAAUUGGUUAAGAAAUAUUACUGUUAAUAAAGCUGCUCCUAUAGAGACUGAAGAAGAAAAAGAGUAUCUUGAAUCGUAUAAAGCUUCUAUUGGAGAGCCAGAAAUUAUUGAUGAUAGAUAUAAGUCUGUACAUAUCUGUUAUGGUUGUAUAGUGACAUUAGGAGGAGUUAACCUGGUCUCUGGUUUCGUAUGGCCCUUGAAGGAUAAAAAUACCGAUCAUUUUGAAAGUCAACCAUACCUAGUUGAUAGUGAAGUUGAAAAGCAAAAGAUUCUUGAUGAGUUCAUCUUAACUAAUGAUGAGGAUGAAGAUGAUGAUAAUGAAUAG